UUAAAAGACCAGACUAUAAGUGGGGUUCUGUGCAAGAUCAGGCAUACUCAGCGCGAAGGCAGUGCUGUAGCUGUGCUAGAGAGCGUGGGGAGCAAGGGAUCAGUGCAGGUAAAUGGGACUGUUGUCAGUAAGAGUGCUAGUUGUGUGCUUAACUCGGGUGAUGAGGUGGUCUUUGGCUUGUUGGGGAACCACGCUUAUAUAUUUCAUCAACUAGUAACAGACGUUUCUGUUAAGGGUGCGGAGAUUCAUAAUAGUUUAGGGAAAUAUAUGCAACUAGAGAGGAGGACUGGGGAUCCUUCAGCAGUAGCUGGAGCCUCCAUAUUGGCAUCUCUUUCAAGCCUGGGGCAUGAUUUGGCGCGGUGGAAGUUACCAUCCCAGAGCACCAGUAAAAUCAACCAGGCCACUGAGGUACCUACUAAUUCUGCUGUUCAAAACGGCAUGGAGAUCGGAGCUGAUGGAACUGAUGGCAAUUCUGCUGCAAACAUUGGGAGUGAUAAAGCUGCAGAUAGCGGAGCAACCAACAAGAAUCUGCAACUUGACAACAAUCAGGACCCUGGCAUAGAGGCAGGCAAUGUAAAACUCUCUGGGGUGAAUGAUUUGCUAAGGCCUUUCUUGAGGAUGUUUGCUCCAUCAACUAGUUGUAAUCUGAAAUUGAGCAAAAGUAUCUGUAAACAGGUAUUUGACGAAAGAAUUGAGCGGACAAGAGAUUCACAGCCACCAUCAACAUCGGGUAUGCCUUCACGGUGUACAGUGUUCAGGGAAGAGAUUCGUGGUGGGAUUCUUGAUGGCAGAGACCUAGAAGUUUCAUUUGAUAACUUUCCAUAUUAUUUGAGUGAGCAUACAAAAAAUGUACUCAUUGCCUCUUCAUAUAUACAUUUGAAGCACAAAGAACUUGUCAAUUAUGCUUCGGAUUUAGCUGCUAUUAAUCCCCGUAUUUUGCUUUCUGGUCCAGCAGGGUCUGAAAUAUACCAGGAGAUGUUGGCAAAAGCUCUUGCUAAUCAUUUUGGAGCUAAAUUGCUCAUAUUUGACAGCCAUUCAUUUUUGGGUGGUUUAUCUUCAAAAGAAGCUGAACUGCUGAAGGAUGGGCAUAAUCUAGACAAGUCAUAUAACCGCAUAAGACAGGAAUAUUUGGCAAAAUUUGCGGAUCGGUUAGUAGGUGAAGGGGAAAUACCUAGCUCUUCAGUAGUUCCAUGUUCUGGUUCAGAAUCUCAACCAAAGAUGGAGACUGAUCCUGCACCCUCUUUGUUGGGGUUACAUAAGUUUCACAUGUUCAAGAUAGGUGACAGAGUAAAAUUUAUGGGUUCUUCUGGUAGCUUGUAUCCAACGACAUCUCCUCAAAGGGGGCCUCUUUAUGGGAUUCGCGGUAAUGUUAUAUUACUUUUUGAGGAUAAUCCUUUAUCAAAAGUUGGGGUAAAAUUUGAUAGACCUGUACCCGAUGGAGUUGACCUUGGUGGUCUUUGUGAGGAAGGUUAUGGCUUCUUUUGCAAUGUUACUGAUCUUCAGCUUGAAAACACAACCGCUGAAGACUUGGACAAAUUACUUGUUAACACAUUGUUUGAGGUUGUAUAUACUGAGAGCAGAAGUUCCCCUUUCAUUUUAUUUUUGAAAGAUGCUGAGAAGUCUAUUAUAGAUUCACAGUCCACUUUCAAGAGUAGACUUGAUAAGCUUCCUGAUAACAUUGUUGUGAUUGGUUCACAUACUCAUAUUGACAAUCGAAAGGAGAAGUCACACCCUGGUGGUUUGCUUUUCACUAAAUUCGGCAGCAAUCAGACAGCUCUUCUUGACUUGGCUUUUCCGGAUAGUUUUGGAAGGCUGCAUGACAGGGGAAAGGAAGUUCCAAAAGCAACAAAACUUCUAACUAAGCUUUUCCCAAAUAAAGUAACCAUUCACAUGCCACAGGAUGAGGCACUUCUUGCAUCGUGGAAACAUCAGUUGGAUCGAGAUGCUGAAACAUUGAAAAUGAAGGGAAAUCUGAAUCUCCUACGUACUGUGAGUUUUCUUCCCCCUUGCAGAUUAACUAUGAAGUACUAUUUGUAAUUUUUUGUCAACCCUGUAGAUCUGGUCAUAUUUCUUUGGCUUUAAUUUUUUGGUUAAAAAUAUUCUUCCCCCUUUGUUUGGUUACUGAUAGUAUGGAUUCAUGCUCUACACUUUGGCUUUACUGAGCACACUUUUUCCAAUUGGGGAGAGCUGUUAGACAUCAUAUCUCAGAAUUGUAUGUCCACCCUGUAGUUUUUGCGCUUUAGUGCCAUCCCCUUUAUGGCUAAUGGAUAAUACUUUUUUCUUCUAUCAAAUAAGAAAUUUCACCUUUGCUUUGUUGAAGAGAAGGCUUGUAUCACAGAGAGAGUGCGAGGGUGAUAGAGACAGAGAGAGAGAAUAAAUGCGACUGCUGACAACUUAGUUGGCAGCUAUUGGCCGGCUACUGGAGCCAUUAUGAUGCCCUGGAAUGGUAGAAAUUUCCUUAUUGUUGACAACACGUCGUUCGACCUGUUGUGCGAAGGUAGGAGGAUGGAUGAGAUGAAAAUUUGUGAGAAUAGUAAGGGAUUUCUAGUGUCGAUUUUGCUUGUGAAGAAGGAAGUAAAUUGAUUUCUCAAUGCAUUAGAAGAGUUCUAUUGGAAUAAGGGGGUGUUCCAUGGGCUAAACACUAUAUGGGUUGGAAUCGUGAGCUGUGGAUAUCCUUUGGAACCAAUAGAAGAGGAAUGUAUUCAGUUUUAUCGGAAUUAUGGGAAAAGAAAGCGAGGCAGAUAUUCAUAUCGGAGGGUUGUCAAGGGAGAGGAUGGUGGCUAUCCAUGGUGGCGGCAUUUGAGGUUGCUGAAAGACAGGUUGUUAACCCUGAGAGUAGAGGAAAA